GUAGCAGCGGCCGCGCUGCCCCCGCCGCCCUCAGUCCCCGGGAAGCGGCGGACAGGGAUGCACCUCCGCGCGGCGUGACCCACCCGGCUGCCCCGCACUCACUCCAACGGUGCCCGCUCCUUGCACUCAUCCCAACAGCUCCAAAUGAACACUCGGAGCGAAGGCCCAGUUUGCCCGGUGACCGGCGAUGGAUAUUCAAAUCGAAGAGGCAAGAAAAAAACAUCCAGGAAUACUGAAUUCUACGUGCCAUGUGGGGCGCCUGGUGAACAAGGCAAUGUACCAAGAUUCGUCAAACUCAGCGAAUACAAAAAACCCAAUAAAAAGUUUCAACCAAACAGACCAGCCAUUUGGCCCGUGAAACCUGCUGCAAUGAGGGCUGAACCUACACCCAGAAUUCAUGAACUAGCUAAGCCAAAGCCAAGUUAUGAUGAUAUCAAGCGUGGAGAAUCUGAGCGCAAGUCGAAGACAGCUGGCAGGAAAAAUGCAAAAGGCAAAUCGGCAGGAAGCAAAAAGGAGUCUGUCAUUUACGCGGAUGUACCAAGAUUCAUUAGUCUCAGUGAACCCAAGAAGCUCACUACACAUUACAUUGACAACAGAUCAACACCCGAGUGGAUUCUGAAACCUGCGACACUGAAAGCUAGACCUUCAUCCAGAAUCAGUGAAUUAGCGAAACCAAAACAACUCCACAAGGAUUGGCAGGGUGAUCGUCCUCCCCAUACAUCGAUCGGCGAGAGUUCUCCGUAUGCUGAAACUUUACCUCGGACAGAUUUUCUUGCUCAGCCCAAAGCCUAUGUUAAACCACCUUCGAAGGAGACCUACCUGUGGGACUAUCCCUACUGGGACCAUGAGAUAAGUGAGGCAACUAAGAACUAUUCUGCAUCCGAGAGGAUUUUGAAAUUAGCAAAGCCCAAGGGAGACUAUGAAGGCUACGCUUUUGGCAAAUCAUUGGAGGAACCAAUACCAGACAGUGUAUUAAACUACUCAGCCACUGAAAAAAUUCUAGGGCUUGCUCAACCAAAGGCCCAUGCUGCAACGAGCAAGACUGAAAAUCCAUUCAUAAUUUCCGAGGCUGCGAAAAAUGCUAAUGCAACAGCAAGAUUGGUGCAACUUGCCAUUCCAAUUCCAAGAAAAGUAACGAACAAGAAGUUGGGAUAAAUUUAUUCCUGUCUAAAAAAAAACCUUUGCCUCCAAAGCAUCCUUUGCCUUUGUACAAUUGGGUUGUGCCUGCCACCUCUUUCCACUGAACUGAUUGAACUGAAGGUUUGGGGAUAUUUUUAAUGCAGUCUUGUUGUUAUUGUGAUGCAUCUUGAAUAUAUACAGUAGGCACUGCACUGUGCGGUGGUGGAGAAGCCCUCUGGACUGCACUUUUCUGCAUUGACACCAUAAUCCGAUUCUCUGCAUAUUAAGCAUAUCAGAACCUUUUUUAAGACAAAAAGGUGCCGGGAUGCAUAUCAGUUAAAAAUUAAGUUACAUUUACCAUUUUUUUUCGAUCAAUAUAACCCCCUCUUUUGUUUUGAUUUU